GACUGAAUAUAACCUAUGAUGUUAACCAGUCCGUUCAAUGACAGCAGUUCGGUGCAGGGUAAACAAUGUUGCUUAGCUUGUCACUGAGCCGCCGGCUGCUGCCUCAUCGCCACUGCGCCCUGCAGUGGCGCAACAUUAAAUCAGAAAACGUCGCCAGAAGUGCUGCUCUGGACAGCGUGCUCUCUGCAUUCAGGUCUAUAUGUGGUGAGGACGGCGUCUCAUUGGGUGAAGCUGUCAGAGAGCAGCACGGCAAAGAUGAGUCUGUACACAGAUGUCGUCCCCCGGAUGUGGUGCUGUUUCCUCGUUGUGUGGAGGAAGUCAGCGCCCUGGCUAAAGUCUGCCACAACCACCACCUUCCCAUCAUCCCCUUUGGCACUGGAACUGGCCUGGAGGGAGGGGUCGGCGCAGUGAAGGGUGGUGUGUGCUUCAGUCUGAGGAACAUGGACCAGGUUCUGGAUCUCCACCAGGAGGACUUUGACGUGACGGUGGAGCCUGGUGUGACUCGGAAGGCCCUCAACUCCUACCUGCGAGACACCGGCUUAUGGUUUCCUGUUGAUCCUGGGGCCGAUGCUUCUGUGUGUGGUAUGGCUGCCACCAGUGCGUCUGGCACCAAUGCAGUGCGUUAUGGAACUAUGAGAGAAAACACCUUAAACCUGGAGGUGGUGCUGGCUGAUGGGACCAUCAUACACACGGCGGGGAAGGGCCGACGUCCCAGGAAAACCUCAGCAGGCUAUAACCUGACAAACCUGUUUGUGGGGUCAGAGGGCACCCUGGGGAUCAUCACUAAGACUACAUUGCGCCUAUACGGCAUCCCAGAGGCCGUGGUGUCAGCCGUUUGCUCUUUUCCGUCGGUCCAGGCUGCUGUAGACAGCACAGUGCAGGUUCUGCAAUCAGGAGUACCCAUCGCUCGCAUUGAGUUUCUGGAUGAUGUGAUGAUUGAUGCGUGCAAGUUCAGCUCUCUGUCCUACCCCAUGACCCCGACUCUGUUCCUGGAGUUCCACGGCUCUGAACGAAGCCUCGAGGAACAGGUCAACACAACCGAGGACAUCACUCAGAGUAAUGGUGGUUCAGAUUUUCAGUGGGCUAGAGAUCCAGAAACACGGAGCCGGCUGUGGAAAGCUCGUCAUGAUGCCUGGUACGCUGCUCUGGCUCUCAGACCUGGCUGCAAGGCCUACGCUACGGAUGUGUGUGUCCCUUUGUCUCGACUGCCUCAGAUCAUAGUGGAGACAAAGGAGGACCUGAUUGAGAACAGACUUACAGGUCCCAUAGCAGGUCAUGUGGGUGAUGGAAACUUCCACUGUCUGAUGGUGGUGGACCCCAAUGACCCAGAAGAGCUGCACAGGGUCCACCUGUUCACUGAGAGACUGGCCAGGCGAGCCCUGACCAUGGAUGGUACAUGUACAGGGGAGCACGGAGUGGGCUUAGGGAAGAGAGUGCUGCUGUGUGAGGAGAUGGGACCCAUGGCUAUCCAGGUCAUGCAAGGUCUCAAGGACGCCCUCGACCCGAAGGGCCUGAUGAAUCCUGAGAAAAUUCUGCAGCCUAGAGAACUAUAAACAGUAUUUUAGUCUGAGGGAAAGUCACUAAACACAGAGAACCUCAUCAUGAUCUGCUCACUGUUUGAUCAGGGGCAUUUUUAGAGACUGUUGUAUGAAAGAUAACGGGCAGGGAUCACUCAUAAGUGAAAACAAAUCAACAUGAGUAUGACACUGUUUAAUGUGAGACAUAUCGGACUAUACUCAAAUAUGUGAAGGUUUUGUUGUGUGGUCACCAGUAAUAAUGCUCUCUUUUCCAGAUUGGAAAAGUCUUUGAUUUAGAAAUUCAAGUGAAUCACGAAUAUCAUGUAAUGUAGAAAAAUAUAAAAUAUGCAAACAGUGUACUUACAUUAAAUGAGGGUUGCUUUGCCUGACUGAACUGCUAACCACCAGAACUAUAACAAUGUAAAUGGUCAGAAGCAGAAUCUUUUGCAGAUGACUGAUUUUAUUAACAUUUUGUUUAGAAAAUGUAAUAUUGUGAUGAAUCUGAA